CAUUGACAUACAAUAGUUGAUAUAUUUUGAUAAUUGACGUUCCACACGUGGGUUACGUAUAAGAUUUGUAUUUUAUUUGAAAAGAAACUUUGUUUAUCUUUAAUUUUAUUUUUAGCGUUUUGAAAGCAUAUCAAAAGCUUCAGAAUGAGUUCUCUAGAAAAUUCAGAUUCUGAAGGAGAAUUAAAUCCUGAAACUCACAAGAAGUCGUUGGAGAAGCUCAAGAAAAUUGAUCCAGAUUUUUACAAUUUCCUCGAAGAAAAUGAUGAGAAUUUACUUAAUUUUGAUGUCGAUGAAGGUGAAGAAUCAGAUAAAGAAUCGGAUAAUGAAAAUGAGGACGAUACAGUGCACAAACCGGGACCAAUCACCGGUGACAGUGAUGAAAGUGACUUUGAGGCUGAAGACGCCAAGCCAGUUAAAGGAAGAGUCACACUUAAAAUGGUGGAACAAUGGCAAACGGACUUGCAAAGUGAAGAUAAAAUAAAACUUAGCACAUUAACCUCUGUUAUAAAAGCAUUUAAUGCUGCUAUGGUGCGAGUCACAAGUGAGGAUGGAGCUUCAAAGGGUGAAUACAAAGUGGAAGGUUCCUCUGUUUUCAAUGCCGUCAUACAAAUGUGUGUGCUUUACUUGCCUGGAGCAAUCAAGAAAUACCUUGGAAUGGAGCAGUCGGGUAAAGAUCCACAGAAGUGUAAACAUUUUGUCAAGAUUAAAAGUUACCUGGUGGCAUAUUUAAAUGAUUUGCUCAAAUUACUCAGUGGAGUCAGUUCUGAGAAUAUUUUAACAGUUCUAUUAAAGCAUUUGCAUCAGAUGUCAAACUAUGUAGCUUGCUUUACUAGAAUUGCAAAACAAUCAUUGAAAAAGCUGAUCAUUUUAUGGAGUACAGGUGAUGAAACUGUGAGAGUGCUGGCAUUUUUAUGCAUACUGAGGAUAACAAGGAACCAACAAACUGCAUUGCUUGAUAUUGUGUUGAAAGCUAUGUAUAUGACAUAUGUGAGAAACUCCAAGUUUGUCAGCCCAACCACCUGGCCAGGCAUUAAUUUCAUGAGGAGAUCUCUUGUGGAAAUGUUUUCAUUGGACUUGAAUGUAUCAUAUCAGCAUGUAUUCUUGUAUGUAAGGCAACUGGCGAUACAUUUAAGGAAUGCAAUUGUUGUGCAAAAAAUCGAGAAUAGACAAGCUGUUUACAAUUGGCAGUAUAUAAACUCUUUGCAUCUAUGGGCAGAUUUAGUCUCAGCUACGUCUAAUAAACCCCAGCUGCAACCACUGGUUUAUCCUCUCGUCAUGGUCAUAAUGAAUACCAUAAAACUUGUGCCUACACAUCAGUACUAUCCUCUGAGGUUUCAUUGUGUUGAAAUACUAAUUACCUUGUCAAAGGAGACAAAUACAUUCAUACCAAUACUGCCAUUUCUUGUAGAGAUUUUAUCAUUUGAUUUCAAUAAGAAACAUAAGAAAGUUUCCAUGAAGCCUCUAGAUUUUAAUUGUAUAUUGCGACUGGCAAAAUCUCAAAUGAUGGAAAAUGGAUUCAAAGACGCUGUUAUAGAAAGAUUAUAUGGCUUACUGUUAGAGUACAUGGCGAAUGAGUCACAUUCUAUAGCAUUUCCAGAUUUAAGCUUGCUAGCAGUAAUACAGUUGAAAAACUUUCUCAAAACCUGUUCUAUAACGAACUACACGAAAAAGUUACGGCAGUUACUAGAAAAAAUUGAGGAGAACUCAAAAUUUAUUGAACGUGAGCGCGCUAAAAUUACCUUCAAUUUAAAUGACGAAAAAAUGAUAACGGCGUGGGAAACAAGCAUUAAAACAAAAGGCACGCCAUUACUCGCAUUCUUUGAGAAUUGGAAUAAGAUUAACAGAAUACAAAAACGCAAGAAAAUCUCCAAAAACGAUGAGUUAGCAGGAGAGCUGCCUGUGAUCAAAAGGGCUAAGAUUAAAGAAUCUGAACAGGUCGCAAUACCAGAAAAGAAAGGACCGUUGGUCCUGUUUCCAUCCGAUAGUGAAGAUGAUAAAGAACAUUUCAAACUAGAUCAAGACGAAAGUGAGGCUCCUAAAAAGGAAAAGAAACUUAAAAAGAAAGCACCCAAGAAGAAAAAAGCAGUUGAAGAAAAGAAAGACAAGAAGAAAACAAUGGUAGAAAUAGAAGACACCAUUGACAAAGCUGACAUUGUACAAGAUCUAAGUGUUAACGAUUGGUAGAAAAUCUUAUACUAAAUACAAGAAAUUUACAAUUCG